AUGGCGCCGGGGAUAGACAUUUUAGUCAAUUGUGCGGGCGGAGUUGGGGCAACUGCGUUCAUAGAGGCAGUAAAGAAAGCUACCCGUUAUUGGUGGGAAUUCACCGAGCUUGUUGAAAAUCUGGGUGGUGAAAUAGAAUUGUUAGAAUCAGUAUGUGGAAGCAUGGAAGUCCAAGUUAUAAACGCCGGAGCUAAUAGUCGAGUUCCUGGAGAAGACAUUGUGCUGCAGUUGAAGAACGCAGCAACUCUCUUAAAGAAGGCAAAGGAUCAAGAAAUGAAAGCAAAAGCAAGCUCUGAUUGUUGCAAUGGGGCUUUCCCUAACUUGAUAUGUCGUUGUAUUGUAGGCAGGAAGACGGAAAAGAUGACGAACAAGAUGAAGGAACUCAAAGAUUACUUGCAACAAAAGCUAGAUUUUGCACACCGAUCGUCGCUUCGAGCGAUGUCCCUUCCUCAAGAUUUCAUUUUCUUUGAUUCCAUUGAAAAGGCGCGUGACGAAAUCAUAACGGCACUGAAAGAUGAUACGAAGUUGAAGAUCGGGCUUUUUGGGAUGGGGGGUUGUGGUAAAUCCUCCAUGUUAAAAAUAGUGCACAAGGAAGCGCAGGACAGAGAACUUUUUGAGAAGAUUGCCUUUGUUGAAGUGUCCGAUCCUCCAAAUAUCCUUGAUAUUCAACAAGCCAUUGCAAGCUGGAUCGAUUUGAAUUUUGAGACGGAGAUGGACAAACACGCCAGAGCUGCAAGACUGUCCAUGACACUUGAAAAGGAUAAAAGUUAUCUUAUAAUCCUGGAUAAUGUGUGGAGAAUGCUUAAAUUUGACGAGAUAGGUAUUCCUUCUCGUAAAAAUUGCAAGGUUCUCUUAAGUACACGGCAUAAGGACAAAUGUACCUUGAUGGAUUGUCAGAAAGUGAUUCCUGUGCCACAUUUAACAAAAGACGAAGCUUGGGAAUUAUUCCAACAGCGUGCUGGUGCAAUAACAGAAGAAGUGAAAAAUCAGGCAGAAGAGGUCAUUGUAGAUUACUGUCGAGGUUUACCUGUUGCCAUUAGAGCUGUGGCUAGUACUUUGAAAGGUAAAAGAGAUUAUGCAAUGAUGGAAGCGUUGACGCAGUUAAAACAUCAUACAUUAUGGGAUGCGAAUAGUGAAGAAGAGUACAAUCCCUACAAAUGUUUGAAAUUUAGUUUUGAAGAGUUAAAGAUAGAAAAAGAGAAAUCGCUUUACUUGUUAUGUGCUCUGUUCCCUAAUGAUGCAGAGCUUACUCUUGAAACUUUGAUCAGAUUUGCAUUUGGAUUGGGCAUAUUUCAAGAUGUUGACUCAUAUCAAAGUGCUAGGAGAACAAUACCUACAGUCAUUGAUAAAUUCAAGGACAGUUGUUUGUUGCUACAAGAAAAGGGACAACAUGUUAAACUGCAUGAUAUGUUUCGUGCUGUAGCUUUAUCAGAAGCAAAUGAAAAGACUCGAGUGCUUACGGAGCCUAGCCAGAAUCUAAAGGACCUAGAUGGGAAGCAAUAUUUCAAAGAAACAACAAGAUUAUACUAUCAUGGCACAUUUGACUUUCCCCAUCGACUAAACAGUCCUGAACUUGAGAUUCUAUAUAUGUCCAAUGAUAACGGAUAUUUAUCAAAAUUUCCAGCUACCCUUUUCGAAGAGAUUACAAAGCUCAAAGUGCUAGCCAUAAAGGAUACUUCUGGCUUCACAAGGCCAGCUCUGUUGUUUCCCCAAUCAUUUGAAAGACUAGAAGAGCUUCGAACUCUUUGCUUGAAUGGAUGGAGAAUAGACAACAUGUCAUGUUUUGAAAAACUAAAGAUGCUUCAUAGUAUGGAGCUAUCAUCUUGCGAAGUGAAGGAGCUGCCUGAAGCGACACUGAAGAAGUUAAAAUUGUUGGAAGUAUCAUGUUGCAUAAUAGGUGCUAAUCCUUACGAGGUGCUAGCAAGGUGUUCACAAUUGAAGGAACUGUAUUUUGUUAAAAAUUCCGUUCCAAACAUGGUGCCAAAUGAUCAAAAUGUUGCAACAUUUAUUCAGCAACUUGCCUCCUAUCAGGUAUUGCAGAGAAAGCAAUCCAAGGUCUAG